GGAGCUUUCUCUUUUGUUGUCUUGUAGUUUUUGCUCUAAUUCUCUUGACUUCAAUCAUUCACAAUGGGUCGCAUGUACACUCCCGGUAAGGGCAAGGCUCGCUCCUCCCUCCCCUACAGCCGCGCCGCCCCCUCUUGGGUCCCGGUCUCCUCCGACAAGGUUGUCGAGCUGAUCUGCCACCACGCCCGCCGUGGUAUGCCCCCUUCCCAGAUUGGCUCCCUCCUGCGUGAUGCCCACGGUGUCCCCAAGAUCCAGUCCAUCACCGGUAACAAGAUCGUCCGUAUCCUGAAGGCCAACGGCCUCGCCCCCGAGAUCCCUGAGGACCUGUACCAGCUCGUCAAGAAGGCCGUCUCCAUCCGCAAGCACCUCGAGCGCUUCCGCAAGGACAAGGAUGCCAAGUUCCGCCUGAUUCUCGUCGAGUCCCGCAUCCACCGCCUGGCCCGCUACUACCGCACCGCCGGCACCAUCCCCCCCAACUGGAAGUACGAGUCCUCCACCGCUUCCGCCAUGGUUGCCUAAGCGCGCGCGCGCCCACUCCAUCGCGUGUGUGCGUGUGCUUCCCCCCCCCAUCUCGCGCCCCCUCCCUCGGGCGGCCCCGGCCGCGCCUGUGCAUGCGCGCCUCUCCUCUCCUCUUCGCGCCCCCUGACGGCGCGGCGAGGGGAGAGAGGUGUGACUGGCGGUCGCCGUCCGAGGGGCUCGGGCGAGGCCUCGUCUCUCUCUCUCUCUCUCUUGUCCCCCGCCCUCAGAUAGCGAGAGAGACAAGAAGAGGCCGCUCGAGCGCGCGCGCGCACGGGAAAGCGAAGCACAAGCAGGCCGCGAGAGGCUGUACAUUCUCUCGCUGCCAAUAUACAUGUUUACCCUUCCUCCCUUCCCUCUCCUCCAGGGGAGGGAUGGGGCCAGGGGGAUGUAUUCACCA